AUGAAAUUUUCCUUUGCAGCCGCUGCUGCGCUCUUCGCAGCCACCGCAGUUGCGGACGUCGACCCUAUCGUCAUCAAGGGCAGCAAGUUUUUCUACAAGACCAAUGGCACACAGUUCUACAUGCGUGGUGUGGCCUACCAACAGGGCGUUGGUGCCGCUGGCUCGACUAACGCAAGCUCCGACUACACGGAUCCUUUGGCCGACAGCACGUCGUGCAAGCGUGACAUCGAGUAUCUGCAGAAGCUGCGCACCAACACCAUCCGAGUGUACGCCAUUGACCCGACCAAGGACCACAAGGAGUGCAUGACCGCUCUCCAAGCAGCCGGUAUCUACGUCGUUGCCGAUUUGUCCGAACCUAAGACGUCCAUCAACCGCAACGACGCCGAAUGGAACACCCCGCUCUUCGAGCGUUACACUGCCGUCAUCGAUGAGAUGCAGCAAUACAGCAACACCCUUGGUUUCUUUGCCGGUAACGAGGUUUCCAACCAGAAGAACAACACCUUCGCUAGUGCUUUUGUCAAGGCCGCUGUUCGUGACUCCAAGUCAUACAUCAAGACCAAGGGCUACCGCACGAUUGGUGUUGGAUACGCCACCAACGACGAUGCUGACAUUCGUGAGAACCUUGCCAACUACUUCGACUGUGGUGAGAGCGCCGAAUCCAUCGAUUUCUGGGGUUACAACAUCUACUCCUGGUGCGGCGAGUCUUCUUUCACCAAGUCUGGCUUCGAUGUGCGCACCAAAGAGUUCGAGUCCUAUAACGUUCCCGUUUUCUUUGCUGAAUACGGUUGCAACGAAGUCCGUCCCCGUCUAUUCACCGAAGUCGAGGCUCUCUACGGCAAGCAGAUGAACGAUGUCUGGUCUGGCGGUAUCGUCUACAUGUAUCACGAAGAGGAGAACAAGUUCGGUCUUGCUACUGUCAGCGGCAGCUCAGUCAAGACCAACAAGGACUUCGACAACCUCUCCAAGGAGAUGGCUAAGGCUACCCCUACCGGCGUUAAGAUGGCCGACUACAGCCCUACCAACACCGCAGCUGCCAAGUGCCCCUCCGUCAACAGCAACUGGGGCGCACCUUCUGACCCGCUCCCUCCGGUCGUCAACGUUCAGGCUUGCGACUGCAUGAUGGACACCGUAUCGUGCGGCGUCUCCGACUCCGUGGAGACUGACGAGGACGUUGGCAGCCUUUUUGGCGUCGUCUGCGGCAUGAAGGACGGCGAGUACUGUGCUGGUAUCAACCGCAAUGCCACCGUCGGUCCCUAUGGCGCUUACGGCAUGUGCAAGCCCAAGGAGCAGCUCGCCUUUGCACUCAACGCCUACUACAACGCUCAGAAGAAGGCUUCCGAUGCCUGUAACUUCAAGGGCUCUGCCACCCUCAAAAAGGCUGCUGCCACCACCGCCGCUAGCUGUGAAAGUCUCCUCAAGCAGGCUGGCGAGGCUGGCACUGGUACUCUUUCUGGCGCCGCUGCCCUCGCUACCGGCGGCAGCUCGAAGUCUGGCAGCCAGGGUGCUGCUGCCGGCGGCCUCACCGUCUCGCACGUCUCGGUCGGCUACUUCGGCAUCGCAACCUACCUCUUCGGCGCCAUCGCUUCGGGCGCUGCCAUGAUCUUGUUGUAG